AUGCUCUUGUUCCUCUUUUUGUUUGGUCUGCUUCUGAGUGCUGUGUUUCCUUCAGUGAAGCUACAGCAUGGCAACUGCACCAAUUCUGAGCACAGCUUCAAUGGCCGCUGCUACAAGUACGUUGCCACAGCUAUGACCUGGGCUGAUGCAGAGCUCCACUGUGUGUCAGAGGGAACCAACCUGGUGUCUAUCCACAGCCUGAAGGAACAAAAUUUUGUCAAAGCCCUGGUGAAGAAAUUCAACCAGGCUGAAAGACACAUCUGGAUCGGACUGAGUGACACCCACAAACAAGGAAGGUGGAUGUGGUCUGAUGGGUCUGCAGUCUACUUUGUCUUCUGGAAU